AGGGCAAAAACCAAAACAAAACCUCAAACCUCCGAGCAUCACAGAUUUCCAACCCAAAAUUCAACCACCGCAAAAAAUGGCCGCAGCUUACGAUUCCGAUCAGCCCAUCCCCGGUGACACCGCCGGCGGAGGAUACGACUCCAGCUACGUGCCGGACUCCGUCAAAUCGUUCGUAGUUCACAUGUACCGCCACAUUCGAGAGAAGAACGUGUACGAGAUUCAUCAGAUGUACGAGACGUCGUUUCAGAGCAUCAGCGAAAGGUUUUUCAAGGACAGCCCGUGGCCCUCCGUGGAGUCUGUGGCGCCGUACGUUGAUAACGACCAUGUCUUUUGUUUGCUGUAUCGCGAGAUGUGGUUCCGACAUUUGUACGCCAGGCUCUCGCCUACUCUCAGGCAACGGAUUGAUUCGUGGGAAAAUUAUUGCAAUUUGUUCCAGGUUGUAGUGCAUGGUGUAGUGAAUAUGCAGCUGCCAAAUCAGUGGUUGUGGGACAUGGUUGAUGAGUUUGUUUACCAGUUUCAGUCAUUCUGCCAAUAUCGGGCUAAGAUGAAGACAAAGACCGAGCAGGAGAUUGCACUUCUGAGGCAAUUUGAUCAGGCAUGGAAUGUCUAUGGUGUCCUCAAUUACCUACAAGCACUUGUGGAGAAGUCCAAAAUCAUUCAAAUUCUAGAGCAGGAGAAAGAAGGCGCUGAACAGUUUACGGCUACAGAUGGGUAUGAUUACAGUGGCGGAAGUAAUGUCUUGAAGGUCUUGGGGUACUUCAGCAUGAUCGGCCUUCUUAGAGUUCACUGCUUGUUGGGUGAUUAUCACACAGGCCUUAAAUGCUUACUUCCAAUUGACAUAAGCCAACAAGGAGUGUACUUCAGUGUUAUUGGCAGCCAUAUUGCGACUAUAUAUCACUAUGGAUUUGCAAAUCUUAUGCUGCGAAGAUAUACAGAAGCCAUUAGGGAAUUUAAUAAAAUCCUCCUCUACAUCUUCAAGGCCAAGCAAUACCACCAGAAAUCUCCUCAGUAUGAGCUGAUACUGAAGAAGAAUGAGCAGAUGUAUGCCUUGCUUGCUAUUUCUCUUUCUUUGUGUCCUCAGGUGCAGCUUGUUGAGGAGACUGUGAACUCUCAAUUACGGGAAAAAUACGGUGAGAAAAUGAUGAGGAUGCAAAGGUAUGAUGACGAGGCAAUUCCACUGUAUGAUGAGCUCUUCUCUUACGCAUGCCCAAAAUUCAUCACCCCAUCUGCCCCAAGUUAUGAGGAGCCUCUUGUAAACUAUAACCAGAGUUAUGGAUAUUGGAUACCUUACUCCCUUGAGGAUGCCUAUAGACUUCAGUUGAAGUUGUUUAUUUAUGAAGUGAAGCAGCAGCAACUAUUGUCGGGCCUCCGGACAUUCUUAAAAGUGUACUCAACAAUCUCCAUCCCGAAGCUCGCAGCAUACCUGGAAGUGGAUGAACUUACUUUAAGGACAAUUUUGAUGACGUACAAACACAAGACACAUGCCGUGGAUUCAGAUGGGAAAAUCACUUCCAAUGCAGAUAUCAACUUUUACGUUGUUGAUGAAAUGGUUCAUGUUGUCGAAUCCAAACCGGCAAAGAAAUACGGAGAUUAUUUUAUGCGCCAAAUCGUCAAGCUUGAAGGAAUAAUGACGAACAUCGACAGGAUAAAAUUGGAGUAAGUGGAAAUGAGGUUGCAGCUGGAUUUUUUUGAAUGUUUG